GAGGGGUGUAACAUGUGGACGUUUCCGGGAUUGAGUUGUUGUUGUCUGACUGCAGAGGACGCGAGGUUCAGCGCUAGUUGUUCAUGGACCAGUUGUGUGCAGUACCACUGUUAAAAUGGGACAGAGUACCUUGGGACCAGAGUCCCAAGAACUACCAGAGGACAGAGUUGCAAAUAUAAAGACAUUUGUGGAAGACCAGCUUCAGACCAGCAUGAUGGUGGGAAUAGUGCUUGGUGCUGGCAUCGCCAUAGUCCUCAUUGCCACCUUCAUUUUCUUUGUGCUGCGCAGGAUUCACCUUCGGAACCUCGCGGCUCAAGAAGCCCCCAAAUACCGUUUCCGCAAAAGGGACAAAGUUUUAUUCUAUGGCAGGAAGAUCAUGAGGAAAGUCUCUCAGUCCACCUCGUCUUUAGUCGGAACGUCAUCAUCCUCUUCCUCCCGUCCGAGACUGAAGAAGAAACAGAAGAUGCUCAACAUUGCCAAAAAGAUCCUGCGCUUUAAGAAGGAGGUACCCACCCUGCAGAUGAAGGAGCCUCCUCCCUCAGUGCUCGAGGCCGAUCUUACAGAGUUUGAUGUCGCCAACUCGCACCUACCCUCAGAAGUGCUCUACAUGCUCAAGAACGUGCGCGUAUUGGGCCACUUUGAGAAGCCAUUGUUUCUGGAGCUGUGUAAGCACAUGGUGUUCCUGCAGUUCCAACAGGGCGAGUACGUCUUCAGACCCGGACAACCAGACAGCAGCAUCUACGUGGUGCAGGAUGGCAAACUGGAGCUCUGCCUUACUGGGCAGGAUGGGAAGGAUGGAGUGGUUAAAGAGGUGUUCCCAGGAGAUUCAGUUCAUAGUUUACUGAGCAUUCUGGAUGUCAUCACAAGUCACCAGAGACCGUAUCGGACGGUGUCUGCCAGAGCUGCAGAGGUGUCCACAGUGCUGCGUCUUCCUGUAGAGGCUUUUCUGUCCAUCUUUGAGAAAUAUCCAGAGAGUUUAGUGCGUGUGGUGCAGAUCAUAAUGGUGAGGCUGCAGAGAGUGACUGUUCUGGCUUUACACAACUACCUAGGCCUUACUAAUGAGCUCUUCUGCCAUGAGAUGCAGCCACUUCGGCUACCCGUGCUCUCUCCGCACGCCAGCCGCACCAGCCCUGUACGCCACAGCAAACGCUUCAACAGUCUCACUGUGCCAGAGGACCAGCGGGAAGCCGCCGUCCGAGACGCCAACGCAGUGGAUCAUGGGAAGGAAGGCAGCACCAUCCCGACCCUGAGCAGGGCUAUCUCCAUGCCUGUGGACAUUGCUGGCAUGCAAAAGAGUCUGCGUUCAGAUUUCGACAUGGCAUACGAGAGGGGACGUAUUUCUGUAUCUGCCGAGGAUGGAACCCCCGCAGCACCCACGUUUACACGGGAUCAGCGAGAAAGAAGGGUAACAGUAGACGAGGUGCCGUCAGGUGUGUACCUAUACCCUGAGGAAGAAGUGGGCACAGAUAAUGUUUAUAGCCCGUUGCCAGGACGACCCAAUGCCACCCUGUUCGAGGAGGCUCAGAAAGAGUUCCUAAAACUCAUGAAAAUUGAGGACCCUGCACUGCUGAACGGACGAGUGACCUUGCAUCAUGCCAAAGCAGGCGCCGUCUUGGCCAGACAGGGAGACCAGGACGUGAGUCUUCAUUUCGUGUUGUCUGGCUGCCUGCACGUGUAUCAGCGUAUGAUUGAUAAGCAGGAGGACGUGUGCCUGUUCGUGACCCAGCCAGGUGAGAUGGUGGGUCAGCUGGCCGUGCUGACCGGAGAGCCGCUCAUCUUCACCGUCCGUGCCCUCCGUGACUGCACCUUCCUCAGGAUCUCCAAAUCUGAUUUCUAUGAGAUCAUGAGGGAGCAGCCCAGUGUGGUCCUGAGUGCAGCUCAUACGGUAGCCAUCCGCAUGUCUCCAUUUGUAAGACAGAUGGACUUCGCCAUAGACUGGAUGGCUGUGGAGGCUGGACGCGCUCUCUACAGGCAGGACGAUCAGUCAGAUUGCACCUACAUCGUGCUGAACGGUCGUCUGCGCUCCGUCAUCCGGAAGGCGAAUGGAAAGAAGGAGCUGGUAGGGGAGUACGGUAGAGGAGAUCUCAUCGGAGUGGUCGAGGCUUUGACCAGACAGCCGCGGGCAACAACGGUUCAUGCAGUCCGAGACACCGAACUGGUGAAACUUCCAGAAGGAACCCUAAACAACAUUAAGAGACGUUAUCCUCAGGUUGUUACUCGGCUGAUCCAUUUGUUGGGCCAGAAGAUUCUAGGAAACCUUCAGCAGCCGCGUGUACCUUUCUCAGGUGCAACUCUGGGUCUGCCCACCAUGGCAUCCAGCCCUGAUGUCACCAACCCAGCCAGUAACCUCUCCACUGUGGCUGUACUUCCUGUUUGUGACGAAGUGCCAAUCAAUGCCUUUAACCUGGAGCUCAGUCACGCUCUCAGUGCCAUAGGACCCACUUUGUUGCUGACGAGUGAUAUUAUCAGAGAGAGACUUGGAGCUUCUGCUUUAGAUAGCAUUCAUGAAUACAGGUUAUCAGGCUGGUUGGCCCAGCAGGAGGACAUCAAUCGCAUAGUUCUGUAUCAGACAGACAACAGUAUGACUCCCUGGACGCAGCGCUGCAUCAGACAAGCAGACUGCAUCCUUAUUGUCGGCCUUGGGGACCAGGAGCCCAGUCUUGGCCAGCUGGAGCAGAUGUUGGAGAACACGGCAGUAAGGGCUCUGAAGCAGCUGGUCUUGCUGCACCGUGAAGAUGGCCCAGGUCCCUCUAGAACCGUGGAGUGGCUGAACAUGCGGAGCUGGUGUUCUGGUCAUCUCCAUCUCAAAUGUCCACGCAGAGUGUUCUCACGCAGGAGUCCCACCAGACUGAGGGAAGUGUAUGAGAAAGUCUUUGAGAAGACGGCAGACAGACACAGUGAUUUUUCCCGUCUGGCCCGAGUUCUCACAGGAAACAGUAUUGCUCUUGUACUAGGAGGAGGCGGCGCUAGGGGCUGCUCGCAUGUGGGCGUGAUCAAAGCCAUGGAGGAUGCGGGGAUUCCGAUCGAUUUAGUAGGUGGAACGUCUAUCGGUUCUUUCAUCGGUGCGCUGUACGCAGAGGAGAGGAGUGCUGUUCGUGUGAAGCAGCGAGCAAGAGAGUGGUCAAAGGCGAUGAACUCUGUGUUUAAAACUGUGCUGGAUCUAACCUAUCCCAUCACCUCCAUGUUCUCCGGCUCUGCCUUCAACACCAGCAUUUCCAACGUGUUUGAAGACAAGCAAAUUGAGGACUUGUGGCUGCCUUAUUUCAAUGUGACCACUGACAUCACAGCAUCUUCAAUGCGCGUACAUAAAGAUGGCUGUGUGUGGCGCUAUGUUAGAGCCAGUGCCUCCUACACCCCCUAUUUACCUCCUCUCUGCGAUCCCAAGGAUGGCCACCUCCUCGUGGAUGGUUGCUAUGUAAACAAUGUCCCAGCGGACAUCGCCCGCAACAUCGGAGCCAAAACUGUCAUCGCCAUUGAUGUGGGCAGCCAGGAUGAAACCGACCUGUGUAACUAUGGCGACCGCCUGUCCGGCUGGUGGUUGCUUUGGAAACGGAUCAACCCCUGGGCAGAGAAAGUUAAGGUACCUGAUAUGGCUGAGAUCCAGUCCCGGCUAGCGUACGUGUCGUGUGUCCGACAGCUGGAGUUGGUCAAAAAGAGUGGCUACUGCGAGUAUAUCCGACCGCCCAUCGACCGCUUCAAGACCAUGGACUUUGGCAAAUUUGACGAGAUCUAUGAUGUGGGCUACCAACACGGGAAGCUGUUGUUCACUGGCUGGGCACGUGGUGACAUCAUAGAGAACAUGCUGAAAGAUCACCGCUCGGCUGAUUACACCGACAGCAAGAAGACCGACAGCUACACAUGUCCCGGUGCAGACUUCACCGAUCUGGCUGAGAUCGUGUCCAGGAUUGAGCCGGUGCAGAGCUACGUGGCUGCUGAUGCGGAGGAGUCAGAUGGACUGACAGAGUAUGAGGAAGACGGGAUGGACACGGUGAGAGAAGAGGAAGGUGAGGAAGAGGAGGAUGAAGCUGACGACCCUGAAGACCACUCACCUGGAGAAUGGGGGGCAAAUGAUAUUUUUCAUUCGGACGAAGAGAAAUCGGUCCGUCAGCGGAGGAAGAACCCCAGCGAGUCCAACACGUGCUCCGAACUUUCCGACUGCUGACCAGAAGUGAAGUGACACGGCGUCUUGUCAUCCUUUUCCAAGGAUGGAAGCGUAGUGGCGUCCCUCCACAUCCCCCUGAGGGAGAGGAGACAAGGAGGAAGACGGACAACCAAAGAUAUCUGCUCAAAAAUACAGAGAUGCCAGCUGAAGCAAAAAACGGUGGCUUGAGCUGCUCUGGGUAUGUGGUGGCAAAACAAACAAAGGAAAGAAAAAAAAAAAGAACCAUCACGGUGAGCAUCAUGGGAGUUGAGCAUUCAAGGGCUCUAACUCUGUCCUACCAUAUAUUUUUGUCUGCUUUUUGUUCUCUCCCAUCAAGACGAGCUCUGAUUAAUGUCCAGUAUAAACUAUGGCGUCUGUUUGUCCUGGUGUGAGGAACUGGAAGUGUGUGGAACUCGGAGGGAAGAAACACUCAGAGUGCUGCUCGAUCAGACAGGACAGAGGUUAGAACUGGAGGAGUGGAGUAGAGGAAGAGACAGGUAUGGAGCGGACUAACAUAGAAGGACAGCUUUAAAGAUGCAUUAGGCAAAAUUAAGCGAUAUUUAAUGGAUUCAUUGACGUUUUUAAGCCAUAAGUCACAUUAAUACACGUAUUAACUAUUUUUCAGGUAAACAUUCAACACUUGAAUCAAUUAACCAAUGUUUACACCAUGAACGAUUAAAAUGAAACAAAGGUUUUUAACAUUUAAUGAUAAAACGGAGAAUACAAUUUAGCAACGUACUCAACUGUUGCUGAUUUGUGUAAUUAUCGUUAGUUAUGAAUUGGAGAAGCUUUAGUGAGUGUAGUUGGAUGACGUGAACAAUGAAAUCAACAUCAAUUGACUUUAUUACUUAUAGUUUAUUAACGCUGAAGUUUGUUUGUUUGAUGCUAACUCAGUGUUCCAUAAGGCAAGCACUACACGUGAAUAUGGUCUUUUUUUUUUUUUUUUUUUACAGUAGAUAUCAGUUUUUGCCAGAUUGUUGAGAUUCUAACAAAUAGUUUUUGUAUUGGAACUUUUUCAAAAAUUCACAUUAAUUUAGGCAAAUAAGGCGUAGUGUAAUGAAAUAUGCAAUACAAGCAUGUAAAUCAAAAUUUUACAGUGAAGAUGCACUUCUAUAUAUAUUUUACACGCUUGCACGAAGAUAAACUUCAUAUCUUCGUGCCACUGUGUAACAUUCUUUAUAGUAUAUGGACACAUUCACCAAAAAAAAAAAAGCAAGUUAAUCAAAAGAAUUUUAAUUCUGAACCGGUUCGCCAUGCGUCGAGUCAGUGGGAAAACACUGGGAGUGACGUCAUCGGAGUGAAAUAUCAGGAAUUAUUAUAAAUACAGGACAGUUUUUCGAUGGAAUAAAAACGUGUUCUAUUCCCUUCGAGCAGGUUUCAUUCAUUUGGUUUGAUAGCAUGCAAUAUUGUUAGCAUUAUCGCUUAUCCUACGUGUAUGAUGUCACUCUACCCAAUGAAGAAUGAGCGUUGAUAUGGUUGACGAUAUUCCAUGGUUGCCAAGACAACAUAUCACACGUCGGAGCUGAUGCGAAUAUCAAGUUUUCUGCUGCGUAUACGAAGAAUCAUUUCUUUGUUCACCGGGAAAGACGCGUUGAACACCCAAAAGGCUACCAAAACUUCAUGAGAUAUUCUUCAUGCAAAGAGAAAAACAUACCAACGGACAUCGAAAAGCUGGAAAAGAGUGUGUGUGUAUGUCUAAUAAUAAUACUGGCUGGCUUUUUUUCCUGAUAUAUCAGAUAUAUUCCAUUCAGCUAGCAGGAUAUUGAACUCGUCUUUGACUCAUUCAGUAUCAUGCUAUCUGAAUGGAAAGACCAUGAAAAAGAGCCAGCCAAUAUUAUUUAAAUAUGUCACUCAGAUCUGUGGUGUGUUUCAUAUGAAAAAUGCAAGUUUUUCAACAUGAGAAGAUGAACUUCAUAUCUUCAAGCCAACACGUGAUUUUCUUUUUAUUAUAGAGACACAAACAAAACAAUUCAUCAGUUUCCUCAUGAGAGAUAGAUCAUGAUUGUGGUUCUCCAUGUCCCGGAUGUCACUCGUAUGGAAAAUACGAGUGGUGUAUUUCCCAGUAAAACACUUGUGUCUAUCUAUAUAUACACUACCGUUCAAAAGUUUGGGGUCACUUUGAAAUGUCCUUCUUUUUGAAAGAAAAG